AUGUCGCGCGAGAAAGGCUCAGACGUACGUGACCUCGACAGCUUUACUAUCGACGUCCCACCGGGCAACGUUGGCACUUCUCUCCAAGCGCCUGUCUCCUGUAACUGCACAUCAGCCGCAGAAAUAUUUCUGUUCAUAUACGAGACUGCUAUAAUAAGUAAUUAUCACGUCUGCACAUACAGCCAGGCGGCCCUUUACAAUGACUUGUUGGAGAAGAAGGACAGCCUCGCAGUUACCCUGGCCUCGACGCAGGAGCAGCUGCAACAGAACGUCAAGCUGCUGCAGCGGAAGUACAACAAAGUCACAGACACACAGCCCUUAGAGCAUCUUACCUCCACACUCAAGACUAUGAAGGUACUUGUGGCCUGUCUUAUUAGCGGGCCGCGUCACAUAGACGGCGAGGUGUACGCACGCUCCAGUUCCGCCAUGCUACGUCCCUCUUUGUCGCAUGGACUUCAUUUUCUCUUAAACGUCAGCGGAAGCUUGCCCUUCUGCUCCUGCAACAACAGGAGCAGCAGCACACACAGCAGCGGCAGCAGCCGCAGCAGCACAUACAGCUACGAUAGCAGCAGCGGCAGACACUGCAGCUGCAACAGCGGCAGGAGACAAAGCAGCAACGGACAUACAGGAGACAACGGCAGCAGAAUACACAAGAGGCCGCAUUCAAGCACCGGACGACAAGCCCUGUGCAUCUGGAUUCGGCAGCUGCGUAACGUCGUGGCCUGCUUGCUACUGGAACGGAGGCCGUUCGCGAACGUGCCGUCAAAAGUAGCGGGAAUAUUUGUACUGAAGAGGCAGAAGGCGGAACCGACGAAGCAUACUAAACCUAAGCCGUGCCUGUCACUGCUUGUGAUUGUGUGCCUCACUGAGGUCGGGGUAGGUACUGACACGUACAUCUCGCACGCGAGGCUUGAACGGCAGUACGCACCGUGUGUACGGGUACUGAAAGGUUAUGGCGUCGUGUACCGGCCUGCCAGUACACGUCUUUAUCACUCUUUUUUCCGCGUGGAUCCACGCGUGAACGCGUAUGCCCCUGCCGGAGUGCGUACUCUAUAUUACGGUGAUUGUGAAUACGAGGAAGCCAAGCAGGGAAAACCUGCCUUCCUCGCUGGCUGGGGGGUGGUGCGCGCAUGUGUGCGCAUCCUCUUGUCGUAUUAUGCGACACGUAUCACGGUGACAGUGGAUAUGGGAUGGCACAGCAGGUAA